CAGGCUCGCGCCUGCGCUUUGACCAGGCGGAACGCCAGCGCGAGACCUGUAGCGUGCCGGGCCGAGUUCGGCUGAGGUUCCAGUCACGCCGGGACUGGGUUUUUCGGGUGAAGGGUUCUUGAGGCGAGGACCAUGAACCGUAGCCGCCAGGUGACAUGCGUGUCUUGGGUCCGCUGUGGCGUGGCCAAAGAGACGCCAGACAAGGUAGAGCUAAGUAAGGAGGAAGUCAAACGUCUCAUUGCUGAAGCAAAGGAAAAAUUACAAGAAGAAGGUGGCAGUGAUGAAGAGGAGACAGGCAGUCCUUCAGAAGAUGGCAUGCAGAGUGCACGCACUCAGGCACGACCCAGGGAGGCCCUGGAGGAUGGCGACCCGGAGGAUGACAGGGCAUUGGAUGAUAGUGAGCUGGCCGGGUACGACUUAGACAGAUAUGACGAGGACGGUGACCCAGAUGCUGAGACUCUUGGUGAAUCUCUCUUGGGUCUUACGGUCUACGGGAGUAAUGAUCAGGACCCUUACGUUACCCUGAAAGAUACGGAACAGUAUGAACGUGAGGAUUUCUUGAUUAAGCCCAGUGAUAAUCUCAUAGUUUGUGGUAGAGCUGAACAGGACCAAUGCAAUUUAGAGGUGCAUGUUUAUAAUCAAGAAGAAGACUCUUUCUAUGUACACCAUGAUAUACUCUUGUCUGCGUAUCCUCUGAGCGUGGAGUGGCUGAAUUUUGAUCCUAGCCCAGAUGAUUCUACUGGAAACUAUAUUGCUGUGGGAAACAUGACCCCUGUGAUUGAAGUGUGGGACCUGGAUAUAGUGGACUCUUUAGAACCAGUCUUCACACUUGGAAGUAAGCUAUCAAAAAAGAAGAAAAAGAAAGGAAAGAAGAGUUCCUCAACAGAAGUGCAUACUGAUGCCGUCCUUGACCUGUCCUGGAAUAAGCUUAUCAGAAAUGUGCUGGCAAGUGCAUCUGCCGACCACACUGUAAUUCUAUGGGAUAUGUCCUUGGGGAAACCAGCAGCUAGCCUCGCUGUACAUACAGACAAGGUCCAGACUCUGCAGUUUCAUCCAUUUGAAGCACAGACCCUGAUUUCUGGAUCAUACGAUAAGUCAGUGGCUUUGUAUGACUGCCGAAGUCCCAGUGAAAGCCAUCGAAUGUGGCGAUUCAGUGGCCAGAUUGAGAGAGUGACUUGGAAUCACUUUUCGCCCUGUCACUUUUUGGCCAGUACAGAUGACGGCUUUGUAUAUAAUUUGGAUGCACGUUCAGAUAAGCCAAUUUUUACACUCAAUGCACACAAUGAUGAGAUCUCUGGUCUUGAUCUAAGCAGUCAGAUCAAGGGCUGUCUUGUGACUGCUUCUGCAGACAAGUAUGUGAAGAUUUGGGACAUAUUAGGGGAUAGGCCAAGUCUAGUUCACUCUAGGGACAUGAAAAUGGGUGUUCUCUUUUGUUCCUCAUGUUGCCCUGAUUUGCCAUUUGUUUAUGCCUUUGGAGGUCAGAAAGAAGGGCUUCGGGUCUGGGACAUAAGUACAGUCUCCUCAGUAAAUGAAGCAUUUGGAAGACGAGAGAGGCUUGUUCUCGGCAAUGCAAGAAGCUCGUCUAUUAGCGGCCCUUUUGGGAGCAGGAGCUCAGACAUACCAAUGGAGUCUUAAUGAAGAUAAUACAAUUUCCUGUUUUGUGUACCUUAACUCAGAGUUUUUAAAAAGCUGGCCCCGAAAUUUUCCAUGUUUAGCCACCACUAUACAGAGUGACCAUGAAACAAAAUCCAUUUCCUACUAGCCUCAGCAAGGACCAUGGCAGCCGAACAGAUCGAGCCGGUCUUUGUGUUUGCCUUUAAAACCUGUGCUAUGUAGAGCUCCUGUUGCAUUGGAAAUGGAUAAUAAAAAGGUUUUUAAACAAUAAUCCCUUAAAUAUGCCAUCUGUCACAGGUAGUCUAGGUUUGUAAAAUAGAUAGUAAUUUAUAGAAGUUGAAAAGGAGAAAAUUCUCAGAGUUUGGUGAUAAAAGUGAUAUGCCUUUCUUUUCUCUGCAUGAUAUUGAGUGUUAUCAAAGAGAAGCGGCAAACUGCCCAUUCCUUCAUCACAAGGACUGAAUGCCUCUUCUGCGCCUAGUGCUUAGAUAGGUGCCUGUUCAGUGUGACUAAGAAAAGUCUCUGCUCUUGGCCUAACGAGGGAAGUCCCAAGUAUAGAUUAAAUCUUCGUAUUAAAUGUGAAUUUUAGCAGGCAUAUUAGUUUAUAAGAGCAAACCCCAGCUUUAUCGAGUGGAAGAGCUAUCAAUUCGUGAACCAUUAUAUGUCCCUAGACUUCAGUCACUUUGGUGUGAGUGCUGGAAUGUCAUCCCAGAGCAGACAGUGGCAUAAAGCUGCAGCAGCUUGGAGUCCCCAGAGUUUCUCUCUCUGGAAAGAACAGAUUGAAGGGUAGAGUAGCUAUUUGUUCAUUUGUUUUUGAUUUGGCUUUUAAUUAGAUAUCAAAACAAGUCCAAAUCACUAAAACUUAAUGACAGCUAGAGGGAGAAUUCUGAUAGAUAGUAACUGAGUGUAGUUAAUUUUCUCUCAAAUUUAAUGCUGUUGAAAAUAGCUCUAAAAAUGCAUCUUUUCUGGCCUUCCAGUUCUGAGGACUCAGUUAUGUAUAAAAAGUAAAGAACUUUCACUGUUUUAAUGUAGAUACGUGGAUCUGUCUAAACAUAUGUAAAAUAAACAAGAAUUCAUAUUUAGUACAUACCAAAACUUAAAAAUGGUAAAAUAGGAUCAACACUUCUAUUGCCAGCUUACAAGUACUAGGUCCACUGAGUGCUGAGCGGAGGGAUCGGUUCAGAGCCAAGAGCACAGGCCUCCGAAGCUACUGGCUAGAGUGGAUCUGGCACCGGGACCAGAGGAGUGCUGGCUUGGGCUUGCAGUUACUGCUGAAACCCAGCACAAGCAGUGGGGUCCCCUCUGCUUCCUACCAUAUGAAUGUCCUGUUCUUACGUGUGGACAGAUCUGAGCCCGAGUAUUUGUGGCCUAGAGGGAAUGCCUGUCUGGCGUGGAGAGUGGAGGAACAUGAUGCAGCAUUACUUUCCUCACUGACAGUUACUGAUAGGUAUGUCCACUAGGUAGGUAGCACUUGGAAAUGCUGUGGGUCAUCAUGUCUGCUGGAGCAAAAAACAUAACUUUUUAAAAAGUCUUCCCAGGCGUGAGUAAGCUUCAGCCAGUUAUAUCCUGGUAUUCAAAUCCACUGAGGCCAACUGUUUUAUAACGCAGAAUGUCAGCUUAUAUGGGGUGGGUUAGGGAGUAUUAUAAAGUUGUAACAUUACCUCAGUAUUUCAGGACAACUCCAACUACAUGUACUGAAGUUCUUUUCAAUAAAAGUGAUGUGUUAAA